AUGUUGAUUCUUUUUCUUUUUCUUUUUCUUCUCGUACACCCUGCAUAUUAUUCGUGGGUAGGUUUAUUUCUCAUAGCUAACAAAUUUUAUCAAAUAAAACCGUUUUUUAUCAUGAAAAACUUAUCAUCAAAAAACUCUACGAAUAAAAAGCGGCAAUCAACAAUAGAGACAAGUGGAUGUAAAGUUUGUGGAGCACCAGCUCAAUAUUCAUAUUAUGGUACUCUUGCAUGUCAUGCAUGUAAAGCAUUUUUCAAACGAAAUGCUAAACAUGGACAGGAAGUAUUGAAAUGUGAUUGGGAUGAUAAUUGUGAAGUAAAUGUGAAUAAUCGUCACGUAUGUUCUUAUUGUCGACUUAUGAAAUGUUUUGCAUGUGGAAUGCAAAUUAACAUGUUUCGAUCAUUUCAUCAAAAAAAGAAAGAAACAAGUCAAAAAAGAAAAGCAAUGGACGAUCACCUAGAAACACCAUCAACAACUUUGCUUCAAUUGACUCAACCUGAACAGGUAAUAUUAUUUGAUUAUCAUACUUAAGAAUGUAAUUACUAUUGGUAUGAAUAAAAUCUUACAAUUUGGAUCAUUAUUUAUCUCAAUCGAUUAUAGUCUUCUAGAAAAUGAUAAAACUCUAGUUAAUUUCAAACUGACUGCCUAUGAAGACUUUUCUUUUCCAGAUUCUUCGACAAUCCCUAAACCACAUAGAAUUUGAUGAGCAAAAUAAUCCUCAUUAUAAAUACAGGAUCCUUCAAUGUUUCCCUUCUCAAAGAAGUUUAAAGUGUAAGACUUUACAAAAAUUGAGUCUAGGACAAUUGAACGACGUCAAUUGAUCAUAAUGCUCAAAAAUGCAAUUAAAAAGACAUUUUUAUUAGUUUUUCAAAGAAAUAAAUCAGAGAAGUCCACAAAGUAUAAUCAUCUAUCUAUCGAAUGACAAAGAACAUCAAAUAUGACUAUAAAUAAGAAUAGUUCAUAAAUUCUUCUAUUUGUGCAUGAAGUAUUACGCCACAUUAAAUAAUAGUUGCUUUAAAAUCUUUGCAUAACUCAAUAUAAUUGUUCAUUAUAUAGAGACUUUUAUUUGCUGCGAUUUUCAUUAUUUUGCGAUUAAUACAGUUUUUAUCUUCUCAUAAUACUUCAAAAUAUCUAACAGGCAAAUGAUAAAAUACAAUUGUCGUUUACCAAUAUAGUUAUCUACUUUUCAGAUCCAUAACAAACAUCUUCAUUUUUUACAUGUAAAUCGUCUGCUAAGCCUCAUCCCAAGUUUCACCAUCACACUGUACUCGGUUGUAUGGUUACAUCAUAUAUUUGUAAAUGGAAACUUUAUAGAACUAAGUUUCUGUUAAACAUGCGACCGAUUCUACAUUGUGACUACUUGCCGUAGUGCUCAAUUGAUGCUCUCCCUAAAAACUCCACUGAUGUUUUCUUUCUUGAAGAAGUUCAUUUUUUAUUUUUGUUAGGACUUAGAUUCUUUCUAUAACAAAAUCAAAAUCUAAUUAGGAUGGGUAGGUUUUUUUUUGUAAAAAUAUCGCUCCUCAUGUAAUAAAAUAAUGUAUUUUUUCUAGUGCUAUUAGUUUGAUAUUAACCGUUAAAACCUGUACUAAAAAUGAUUUUUCUAAGAAGAAUAAAACGACGUACUUCAAUAAGUAAAAAUCUAUUAAAAUAAUCGUAUAUUCAAAUUUCUUGGAUUCCAAUCGAAUGACAUCUAAAAUUACUACUGAGACAGAAAAUAUUUCCUCUAGAAUUAUCAUUACUAUUUAUAAUCAACAAAAUCAAAUCAAAUAUUAGCAAAUGUUGAUUUUUAAUUUGUAUUCAACUUGACAUCUUAACUAGUUACAUAUCAAUCAUCUUGUUCGUAAUUAACAU